GGCCUUUUGAGAACUUGCAUAACUUCCAAAGCCUUCAUCUGCCUCCCUGCACGUGCAUACGUAACGCUGGCCACCUCCAAUGGAGUCUUGCCCUGAAUGCCAAGCAACGCUUCUGCAAGACCGUCGUCAAGGGGCUCAGCGUGCGGAUAUGGUCGAGUUGUGGAGAAGUUCUCAUGGCUACACGGCCCAUGGGAAUCGACAUGAUUGUCUAAUAUAAAUCAGAGAAACAUCACCUUCAUUCCAAAUCUCGAAAUUCCUCACCAGUCUCUCAGUGCUUGACUUACCUUCCUUUCAGUUCGAACACACAUUCACUUCGUCAAUUUCCAUUCUUCCAUACUCGCAAAUAUGCGCUUCGCCCAGACUGUCGUCUCGGGCUUGACCCUUCUGUCGAGCUCAGUGCUCGCCCACCCCGGCCAUGAUGUUACCCAAGAGAUUGCCGAGCGCCGAGAGUUCCUCAGCUCCGUCAAGCGUGCCGAUCUCAGCCACUGCGCUUCUAAGCUCAAGGCCCGCGGUAUGGACAAGCGCAACGUCGCACGCCGAACGGCCGCUCUUGGGAAGGCCCGCGCCAAGCGAGGCAUCAACAAGCGUGAUCUGGAUACCGUGCUGGCAACUUCUCACAACGAGACCUCCCUUGGGUACACUCUGAACACUGAUGCCGCUACCCUCUUCAGCGGUAACAGCUCUUGUAUUCUCACCCCUGAAGUUACUCAGGGUCCUUACUACGUUGGAGGCGAGUACGUCCGACGCAACCUGAUCGAGGACCAGGAGGGUGUGGACACCGUCAUUGACUACCAAGUCAUCGAUGUCGACACUUGCGAGCCAGUCCCUAACGUCUAUCUCGAGAUGUGGCACUGCAACUCGACUGGUGUCUACUCCGGUAUUGUUGCUUCCGGCAACGGUGACUCCUCGGAUGAGACCAACAUCGACAACACCUGGCUCCGCGGAAUCCAGAAGACGGAUACCGACGGUGUGGCUCAGUUCGAGACCAUCUUCCCCGGUCACUACACUUCCCGUGCUACCCACAUCCACUUGAUGGUUCACCAGAACGCCACUCUUUACUGCAACGGAACCUUGGGCAACGAGGUUGUCGCUAGCCACGUUGGCCAAGCUUUCUUUGACCAGGACCUCAUCACGGCUGUCGAGCUUACCGCUCCCUACAGCACCAACACCCAGGAAGUCACAGAGAACGCUGACGACUCAAUCCUGUCUGAGGAGACUGCUACUGAGGGUAUCGAUCCUUUCCAUGAGUACACUCUUCUAGGCGAUAGCGUUUCCGAUGGUGUCUUUGCUUGGCUCGCUUUCGGUAUCAACACCACCGAGACCUCAUCCGUCACCCCCGCUGCUUUCUACUACGCCGAGGGUGGUGUUGAGAACGAGAACUCCGGUUCCGGCGGUGGUGGUGGUGGUGGCGGCUCUCCCCCUGAUGCCAGUGGCUCCUUCCCUAGUGCCAGCGGCUCUUCUGCUGCCCCUUCCAGCACUGCUUAAGCGCUUUGGAAUGCUGAUGGUUAGAACUGCUUGUGAGCGUGUCG